CCAUUAGGGAAACCUCUGUACACUUUUUUCCCCCAAAAAAAAAAAAUCCUUGAUUUUGAGCGACCGCGAAGUAGAACCGAAACAGAGUGAGCGAAGAGAGAGAAAAUGGCUCUAGCAAGCAGAGUGGUGGGGGAGAAGGCAGCAGCAAACGGCCUUCUAUGGAGGCUUCCAUCAAAUCUUCUUCAAAGCUUCAAUUUCAGCACCGAAUCACCUGCUACUACUACCACUACCACUACUACUACUACAACUGAAGCAUCGAAAAAUACGAAGCGUAGGAAGAACAAAAAUCUCUUCGAAGUUGCGCAGUUUUUGCCCAACUGGGGGCUUGGAUAUCACAUGGCCAAAACCCAUUGGACCAAUGUUUCUUAUGAGAUCACCAAGAUCAAUCUCUACAAGGAUGGUAGACACGGGAAAGCUUGGGGGCUUGCUUACAAAGAUGGUAUUCCUGCUCCUGCUACAAAGAAAAUUAGUGGAGUUCACAAGCGGUGUUGGAAAUACAUUUCGAAUCCAAUAAAAGCAGAAGUUGAGCCAAAGCCUGAAGCUGAAGCAGCUUAAGUGAGGCUACAUACAUGAUCAUUCAUAUAAAUGCCUUUAUUUUCUGGCUAUUUGUCUCAUUUUGGGAGACCUGAGUUUUGUAUGGGUGUGCCAUUUGUUUGAGCCUGAAGAAUUUUUGAUAAUGCUUGCUUCGUUACAACUUGUACGGAAUUUAUGUAGGAAAAACAUAGAAGUCUUGACAAAAGAUGGUGUCGAGCAGUCUGGCUAGGUUCGGUUUUGUGGCACAUAUGCUUAAAUAGCUUUUUCAUUUAGAGAUUACUUAUAUUGUCAGGAGAUGAUACUAUAUAGUUCAUUUCCUUUCAUUGAA